AUGUCUGAAGUCACCAAUCGUAACGACGUUCGAGCAGCGAAUGCCGCCGGAGGUUGGACUAUUGUCUAUGGAGAUCUCAUCAACGAAGCUGAUGUAGUUGAACUAAUUAUUUCUGUUCCCACCGGCACUGUAGCUGGUUGGGUCUCCAAUCAAGUGGAUGCACAGUUGCAAAAGUUUAACCAAAGCCUGGCUACCGUCUCUGACGACGUUAUCAAAGAAGCAACAGAGUUUCUCAAAAGCCUUCUUCAGGGCAAGAGAUCUGGGGAACGAGACAUUAAUGGUUUGGGAGUCAAAGCAGGAAUUGUCACGUACCACCGCAAACUUAAGACGCCUUUUGGUUCUACGCCGCUGCCAAACAACCAUCAACCAUACAUUGGCAUACGGAUUACCAAGCCUCUGCCACCAAAAAUGCCAUCUGCAGCAGUUCAAGUACCACCAAGUGCGCAGCCGGGUACUCAACAGCCCACACAACCGAGAGUACCAUCGAAAGGCCUAGACAGCAGAUCAUGGUACAGGAUCAAGAAUCCAGCGAGGCCCGGAAUGGCAAUUGAUGUCGUCAAUGAUGGGAAUCAACAGCAAGAUGGUCAAGUGCAAAUGGCCGCUGAAGGGAAUUUCAGUGGACAACAUUGGCAGCUUCGUCCUUCUAGAACCAAGCCCGGAGCCUAUAACCUAUAUAAUAUGUGGCUUGGAAGCGAUAAGUGCUUGGAUGUAUAUGGCAACGACAAAACGCGACCACAUCUAGCCACAGCUGGUAACUACUCGGGACAGCAGUGGAGUGUCGAACAACAAGGAAAUGGAACUUGGAAGCUGUCAAACUCAUAUUCUGGGCCACUGGCCUUGUCAGCUGAUGCAUAUGAAGCAGAGCUGUCCCUCAAAGAUCCCCAGCUUUCUCCUGCAAUGUCGUGGACCUUGCAGCCUAUCAAGCCAAUCACGGAGGUUGGCUUUUAA